AUGCCAACACAAUCACAGCGUCAUCAUCGAACACACAACGAUCAAUCAUCAUCGCUCCCGAGUGGUUUUUCUGGUUUUGCAGCCUUUUCAAAGAAUAAAAAUUCAACAUCAUCAUCCAACUGGAAUAAAGCUGUGGAGAGUCAAUGGAGUGCUCCGCAGGAAUUUAUUAAUGAGGCCUCAAGCGUCAUGGAGAGAUCAUCGGGAGGUGAUCCAUUUGAUAAAUACAAAACAAAAUCAAUAUCGGAGCGAGAAAAUGAUUAUACAUCAAGAUGGAGAAAUGUACAGUUAUCACCAGAAAGAGUAGACCCUUUUGCAAAACAUAUUUCGGAGCAAGAAAAGAAAACAAAAAGAACCUAUCAUGAAAUUUAUGAGGAAAAUAAAUUGGAACGAGAAAAGAAGCAUUUACUUUAUCAGAUGAAGAAAAAACAAAUAUUGGGAAAUGAAAAGAUCCAACAACAGGAAACAGCCUCUCAACCUGGUUCAUCUCAGCAUCAUUACAAUGAAAAGGAAGACAAUUCAGCACAAGAGGAAAAUUCUGCAAUAGUUAAUGUAGGAAUUAGUUUUGAAUUGAGUGGCGUGUUGGUAAAGCAAACAAACGUUGUAAAUCAAAAAGGAACAGUUUUAAAAUGGCAAGCUCCACCUGAAUGUAGAUUACCUGAUGUGAAGUGGAUGAUGUUCGAAAUGAAAGAUGACAAAGCUGAAGGAGAACCAUUUUUACUGUACAAACAAAAAGCUUGGCUAUUUGGUAGAGAUAGCGAUGUUUCAGAUAUUCCAACGUUGAAUCCAUCUUGCAGCAAGCAACAUGCAGUUAUUUGUUUUCGAUUUACGACUGGUGUUGGUGAUGACAAACGAGCUCGACUUACAGGACAAUCUAUUGGUUCAACAAAACCAUUUAUUAUUGAUUUGCAAAGCACGAAUGGGACUUUUGUCAAUGGAGAAAGAAUACCGGAUUCUCUCUAUUAUGAGUUAAGAGAGUUUGAUCUCAUUAGAUUUGGAACAAGUUCAAGAGAAUACAUGAUACUUCACGAUAAAUCAGAGGCCAAAUAG